AUGACACUGCCUCCGAUUGUGAAGGACGAUUUCAUCAUUCUGAGGGACUUGGAUGGAGGUGAAAUUGUGUUUCUGAAUCAAUCAGUCUCAAAUCUGCCCACUGAGGAUGAUGUUCUGGAUCGAAUACGUGAAAUGUGGGAGAGUGUUCCAGUACCAAACUACCAAAAUGUUUUAGAGGAGUUGAACAGGGCAGGAAUCAAGCACCAAACCGAGGAAGCAAAGAAGGAGCCAGUGAAGAAGAUUGAAAAGCGCAAGAAGUACAAAAGAAGAAUCAAAAUAACGAAUACACACGUGAAAGGACUCGAUUUGAACAAUUUGAGCAAACAGGAAGACUGA